AUGUGCGACCGGGUGGGCCUGCAUGCUCAAGGAUGGGCCCACCAUGUAUUUGGUCUCAGAAAAAGGCAAAUUGGCCCAGCACAUAUGCAGAUGGUCUCGGAAACAGAGACGGAUGGGCCCAGUCCUGUUGUAUUUGGACUCGGAAAAGGCGACGGAUGGGCCCAGUCCCGUUUUGGACUCAGAAAAGGCUGCGGACGGGCCCAGCUCCCAAUGGAUUUGGGCGAAAAAUGGGCACAGCCACCACACAUUGGAAGCCUAGCUUCAGAUCCGGUCUUGGCGAAGGAGUGUCCCGAGAAUGGUGAUGGAUGGGUACAGCAUACCCAUCCAUCAUUAUCGACCGCACACGCGUUGUCUACGCAUUCCAAAACCAAACAUAUUACACAUAUUGUUUGUGCUCGGGGCACAGCGGCAGAUGGCCUAAGAGCCUUACCGACCCGAGAUUCUGAUGAUGUCCCAAUGAUAUGUUUGCCGAGCACUUCUGACAUCCUAUUCCCUGAUAAGCCUAUCGCCCUUGCCAUGUGCUAUUGGGCAAGGAUAGUCUCCCUGGUGAGAAGUGGAUUAAGGCUUGUUGCGGUGGCAGAAGCAGGUGCAAAUUUAAUGUACGGAUUGGCCCAGGGAAUACUUAUACGGAGGGGCCGAACUGACCCAGCACAUACAAAUUCAAUCAGCCCAGUGCAUGCUUAUCCGGAGGGGCCCAAUAGGCCCAGUAAACAAGUACCGGAAGAGCCCAGCUGGUUAUUCUGGACACAGUCCCAACGGUUAUUCUGGACCGAGUACAAAUUCAGUGUGCGGAUCAGGCUCAAGCUAGAUUGCAUGGCGGCAGGGGUGAAGAAAGAGCCCAUGAGUAGCGUUUCAGGCAAACAAGCAUGUAUUGCAUUCGGGUCUCAUGAGGGCUUAGGAAUUGUUGGGCUGGAACACAAACGUGCUGUUUUGGACUCUAAGUAG